GCACCAAAUCCAUUUACGUUGCUGGUAGUAAGGAGCAGCAGCGCAACGUCUCCCUCGCUGGUCGGUUUGCUCCGAUCCCCCAGCAGAAACCAUCCGCCCCGGAGCUCAGCCACGGAAAAGCCCCCACUGAAAGCAGCGGCACCACCUCGGAAGGAAACACCCCGAAAAGAGAGCGGGAGCGGUUUGUGGAGAAGAAUGGCGGAUCCGUGCAGCGACGUGCCUGUCGAGGCCGAGGACUCCGAGUGCGCUGAUAUUGCCGCUGCCUCCGGCCCUGGCUCUGACCCGGUCCCCGGCUCUGACCCUGGUCCUGGACCCGACCCCGACCCCGGUUCUGUUCUCGGUGCCGGUGUUGUCCCGGACGCCGGCCGUGUUCUCGCCCCUGCUUCUGGUCCCCGCCCCGGCGCGGUAGCUACACCUGAACCCAUCCCCAUGACCGUAUCCAAACCGGAGGAGGCAGCCGCCCCCGGCCCGGGCGUUAUCGCUCGCUCUGCCGCCGCCGCCGCCUCUUCUCUCGGCGCUGCGACCGAACCCAUGACGGAGGAGGUAGCGCCGCCGCCUCGGCUGCCCAAAGCUCAAGUGGAGACGGUGAAGGGCCAGAUAUUUGACGUCGGACCCCGCUACACGAACCUGGCUUACAUCGGCGAGGGGGCGUACGGGAUGGUGUGCGCAGCUUUGGACAACUGGACCCACCAGCGGGUAGCCAUCAAGAAAAUCAGCCCGUUCGAGCACCAGACGUACUGCCAGCGCACGCUGCGAGAGAUCAAGAUCCUGCUGCGCUUCAACCACGAGAACAUCAUCGGGAUCAAUGACAUCAUCAGGGCGCAGCAGAUGGAAAACAUGAGAGAUGUCUACAUCGUGCAGACUCUGAUGGAGACGGACCUGUACAAGCUGCUGAAGACCCAGAGGCUGAGCAACGACCACGUGUGCUACUUCCUCUACCAGAUCCUGAGGGGUCUCAAGUACAUUCACUCCGCCAACGUGUUGCACCGGGACCUCAAGCCCUCCAACCUCCUCAUCAACACCACCUGCGACCUCAAGAUCUGUGACUUCGGCCUGGCACGGAUAGCCGAUCCAGUGCACGACCACACCGGUUUCCUCACUGAGUACGUAGCCACGCGUUGGUACAGAGCCCCAGAAAUCAUGCUCAACUCAAAGGGCUACUCAAAGUCUAUCGACAUGUGGUCAGUGGGCUGCAUUCUGGCUGAGAUGUUGACCAACAAGCCCAUCUUCCCUGGGAAACACUAUUUGGACCAACUAAACCACAUAUUGGGCGUACUUGGCUCACCAUCUCAAGAAGAUCUGAACUGCAUCAUUAACAUAAAGGCUCGUAACUACCUUCAGUCCCUGCCAGAGAAACCCAGGAUUCCCUGGGAGAGACUCUUUCACAAGGCAGAUCCAAAAGCCUUAAGUCUCCUGGGUCUCAUGUUGACAUUUAACCCCAACAAGCGCAUCACUGUGGAAGACGCCCUGAGUCAUCCUUACCUGGAGCAGUACUAUGAUCCCUCCGAUGAGCCCACAGCAGAGGAGCCGUUCGAUUUCAGAACAGAACUGGAUGAUCUUCCCAAGGAGAAGCUGAAGGAAAUGAUCUUUGAAGAAACGGCUCGUUUCCAGACGAUCACCCAGAUCAGCUGAGAGACAACAGUUUUAACAAGCUAUUAAAAAGCCACAGCGAGGCUUGGAGCCAGAAGACUCUUGAACGAUAUGCUAAAACAAAAGAAAAGAAAAGUGCAUCCUCAAGAAACCGACAAAAAGUGACAACGGCAAAAUAUAAACCUUCUACCUGCUUUACCCUUUGCAUUUCUACUGCAAGACAGAGCUAAGUAUAAGAAUGAAUUGCUGUUACCGAGCGGGGGUGUAGUCUUGGUUUUGUCCACGUUAGACUCAUCACUCACCUCACAUAUUAUUAUUUUUCCCUUUUUAUGCCCCUUUCUACUGUUCUGGCUUGUCUGGCACUUUCUACAGUAACUCCCCCCCCCUUUGUCAGGUUGCUGAUGUCUCUGAGCUCCCCUGCCAUCUAUACGCCAUAACUACUGUAUUAACCAACUCCAUAACUCUCCUGAUGUAUGUGAACGAGUUACAGCGUGGAACGUUUGAGGGCUUAAAGAACGAGGAUAGGGGCGCUAACUGGGUGUGUGCAUGUACAUACAGAAUAUAGUGGCUUUUCUAGUUAUUUUUCUUAAACGUGGCCGUCGGUUUUUCGUCUGUAAACGUGUGUUCGGUUCAAGCUUGUGUGUAUUUGAGUCACUUUUUGUGUGUUUUCUUUCUUUUUUCUUUUUUAGACUAUGAUUUGAUGGUUUUAGUAGCAUGUUGGCAGGAUUUCUUUACCCUUUCUCCUUUUUCUGUGUGAAAACCCCCCCGAUGAACGCACGCAUUCCUGAAAACUGACCAAAGCGGCGAAGGGAAUCCAAGGACAAAAAUUGAUGCACAACUUCGCCCCGAGACCAAGCACACACACCGAAGGCUCCUAAAACACACGGAUUUACAGCACGACGCAUAUUGGAUGAAACGAGACAAAGAAA